AUGGUUGAUGAAAAAAUACAUAAUAAUAAAAAUUCAAUGAUACAUUUAGAAGAUGAAGAAGAAGAAGAAGAUUGGUCGAUAAAAAAGGAUAAAAAUUAUAUUACUGAAAACAUAUAUCCGAGUGAAACUUUUACUCAUACGAGACCUAAUAAUUUAAAAGAAAAUAGUGGCAUAGAAAUUUAUGAUUUAGAUAGUAUAAAUAGAAGUAAAAAUAAUAAAAUUGAUGGGAAUCUUAAUGAUGAUGAUGAUAUUGAUGAUGGAUAUAGUCAUAAUAUUAUUAGUAAUGGUUCUCAUUCUGGUGAUGAUGAAGAUGACGACGAUCAAGAAGAAAAUAAUUCAAGAACAAAUUUAUUAAAUAAUACAAGAACUCAUAGAAAAUUAUUAAAUAGACAUGUUCAAUUUAUUGCAAUUUCUGGUGUUAUUGGUACUGCAUUAUUUGUUGCUAUUGGGAAACCAAUGUAUUAUGGUGGUGCAGGAUUUUUAUUAAUAGCAUUUGCAAUGUGGUGCGUUCCAAUUCUUGCUAUAACUGUAUCAACAGCUGAAAUGGUUUCAUUCUUACCUGUAAGUUCACCAUUUUUAAGAUUAGCUAAAAAAUGUACCGAUGAAUCCUUAGCAAUGAUGGCUAGUUGGAAUUUUUGGUUCUUAGAGUGUGUACAGAUUCCCUUCGAAAUUGUUUCUGUAAAUACAAUAAUACAUUAUUGGAGAGAUGAUUAUUCACCUGCAAUACCCUUAGUGGUACAAUCGAUCCUUUAUUUAUUGAUAUCUGUUUGUGCUGUAGGUUAUUAUGGUGAAUUAGAAUUUUGGUUGUCAUCUUUUAAAAUUAUUUUAGCAUUAGGUUUAUUUAUUUAUACAUUCAUUACUAUGGUUGGAGGUAAUCCAAAUCAUGAUGUUUAUGGUUUUAGAAAUUUUGGUGAAGCUCCUUUUAAAAAAUAUUUCCCAGAUGGUAUUGAUCGUGGUUCUCAUAUCGGUUAUCUUCAAGGAUUUUUAGCUUGUUUAAUUCAAGCUUCAUUCACUAUUGCUGGAGGUGAAUAUAUAUCAAUGCUAGCAGGCGAAGUUAAAUUACCAAGAAAAGUAUUACCAAAAGCAUUUAAACAAGUCUUUGUUAGAUUAACUGUAAUGUUUAUUGGAAGUUGUCUAUGUGUAGGGAUUGUGUGUUCUGCAAAUGAUGCAUCAUUGACUGCUGCAAUCAAUGAAUCAAGACCUGGGGCAGGUUCUUCUCCUUACGUUAUAUCAAUGUUAAACUUAGGUAUUAGAAUUUUGCCUGAUGUUGUCAAUAUAGCUUUGAUUACAGCCGCAUUUUCUGCGGGUAAUGCUUAUACAUAUUGUUCUUCAAGAACAUUAUAUGGUAUGGCUUUAGAUGGUUAUGCACCUAAAAUUUUUACUCGAUGUAAUAAACAAGGUGUACCAAUAUAUGCCGUUUGUGUAUCAUUAUGUUGGGCAUUAAUUAGUCUAUUACAAUUAAACUCUAAUAGUGCAGUCGUAUUAAAUUGGCUUAUUAAUAUCAUUACCACUUCACAAUUGAUAAAUUUCGUGUGUUUGUGUAUCAUUUAUUUAUUCUUUAGAAGAGCUUAUUUGGUCCAAAGAGAUACUUUACCACCAUUACCAUUUAAAUCAUGGUGGCAACCAUGGACUGCAAUAUUUGGUAUGUCAUGCGCAUUAAUUAUGAUUUUUUUACAAGGUUAUACUGUAUUUUUCCAUAAAUUAUGGAAUGUUCAAGAUUUUUUGUUCAAUUAUCUUAUGAUUUUCAUUGAUUUAGGAAUUUAUUUAGCCUAUAAAUUAUUAUGGUGUCGUGGUAAGGAUAAGUUUAAAGAUCCACAUACUAUUGAUUUUAUGACAGAUUUAAGAGAAAUCGAAGAACAUGAACUUGAUCAUUCCUUUGAAAAAUUUAAAUUUUAUUUAGAUGCAUGA